UACUAGGGGAAACGGGGGGGACGAGCAAAGGCGAGUUUUCUGCUUUGAAACACAAACCAUCGAGUGAUUUGAACAAACACCGAGUGACGGCAGCAGACUUCACCUCCGACCCGGUCCAUGGCUCUGCCGACGCUCCAGGCCCAUGUCCCCGGCCGCUCCCGGGCCCUGGCCAGCCGGAUGGCCCGGCAGCGGGAGCAGGAGGCCCGGUGUCGGCAGCAGUGGGAGCAGCAUGCCCGGUACCUCAGAGAGCAGAGUGUCCGCAGCCAGAGGCAGGAGGCCUGGAGCUCCGGCCAGUCCCACCAGCAGAGUAUGUCGUCAUACCAUAAGCAGAGAGUGAAGGAGGAGAACCAGGUCAGCCUGGAGCGGCGCAGGAACCUGCUGAGGGCCAUGCUUCAAAAGGAACAAGAGCAGCUGGAGGCCGAGCUCAGAGAAGUGGGACCUGACAGGGCAACGCUGGCAAGUCAGCUGGUGCAAAAAGCCGAGGAGCUUCGCACAGCCAGAGAUGAAAGAAGAAAAAAGCUUGCACAAGAGCUGUUGAGGGAGCACUGGAAGAAAAACAACCCAGAGUUGCGAGAGGUCGAGUCAGCAUUACAUAAAGAUCAUGUUGUCAGACGAUGGCAGGAGCAGAUAUCUGAGAAGACACAGCACGAAGUGGCAGAGCAGGAGGAGACAAGGCGCUUCAAAAAUGAGUAUGAGCGCACCCGGAAAGAGGCUCUGGAGCGGAUGAGACAGGUGGAGGAGAAAAGGAAAGCAGAGGAGCGCAAGAGAGGAGAAGGACUUUGCAAACAGAUGGAAGAACUGAAGCUGAGGGAAGAAGAGGCCACUCGUCUAAAGAAGGAGCAAGAGGCUCUGCUGGUGCAGCAGUGGGAGCUGGAGAACUUGGAGGAGGAGAGAAGGAAGGUGGAGGCAAGACGAAAGAAGUCUGAGAUGGGGUAUUUCUUGAUCCGUCAAUAUCGAGCUCAGUUGAAGAGAAGAGCGCAGCAAGUGCAGGAGGAACUGGAGGCCGACCGUCAGAUCCUGGCAGCCUUGCUGGAAGGAGAGCACGAGGACAGUAGAAUGGAGAGCGCACGAAGGGAGAGGGCUGUCGCUGAUGCUGCCUGGAUGAAAGAAGUGAUUGAAGAGCAACUGCAGUUGGAGCAAGAACGGGAGGCGGAGUUUGACGUCUUGCACAGAGAGGAAGCUCAGCGUGUAUGGGAGAAACGAGAGGCCGAGUGGGAGAAGGAGAGGAAAGCCAGAGAACGGCUCAUGCACGAGGUGCUUGUGGGCCGACAGCAGCAGUUGGAGCAGAAGGUGCAGAAGAACCGCGAGGCUCAGGAGGAGCUGGUGUGGAGACGAGAAGAGUUGAUCCAGGAGCUGGAGCUGGAGAAGGACAUCAGACGUCAGGAGAAGGACAGUGAAGAGGGUCGCAGGACAGCAAGGAUACAAGAGUUAAAUGCUCAGGUGGAGCAGCAGCGUCAGGAGCGUUGGGAGGAGCAGUGCCAGAAAGAGAAGGAUGAGGAGAGAGAGAGGGAAGCCCUGCGAAUCCAAGAGGAAGAUCUGAGGCUGGAGAUGCUGAGGAUGUCCAAGAAAGGGUACCAGGAGAAGGUUCACAGCAGACCUCGAUCCGCCUGGACAUGAGCAACGUGAGAGUAUGAAAUUAAAACAGAUGAUCUAUUUUUCCAGAUGAUAAUAUCCUGAUAGGAUUUGUUCAAAUUGUUUUUUUAUGCGUGUCUCAAAACAAAUCUCAAAUGCCAAAUUGAAAACUAUAACAGUUAAUGCUGACAUUGGGCGAGAGGUGGGGUAUCUCGAUGCCAGCGGAUCACAGGACCAACAUACAGAGACAAUCACUCACACCUAUUGUCUCCAUAUAAACUAAGCACCAGAAUGGAGAAGAUAAACAACUAUAUCAACCUGUAACUGUUUUGAUAAACACAUGAACAUGUUUGUAUAAAACAGUGAAUCUCUCCUUGAAUGGCUUUUAAACAAGUGAAACAUUCAUGUAGAUUGUGAGGCCAUUGUUCCAUCCUGAUGUUAAGAAUCCAGGGCCGGUUGUUUGCAUUUGUAGCAAAGAACAGAUUUUCAUUUGCACUUUUGGAGCUCUUCAAGGAAUAUGUAUAUUUUAU